AUAUAGCAGCCGCAGGAGGAGGAGGAAGGAAUCAAGUCCCAAACUUAAUUUAUUUACUAUCCUCUUGUUCUCCCUUUCUCACCCUAGCUAGCUAGUUCCCUACCCGCACGUCCACAAAAGAAACACCCUCUUCUUUCUCUCUGUCCCCUCUUCCUAUAGCCCCUCAAGGUCAUUUUCUCACUUAUACCUCACACAAAAGAAACAGCCAUUCACUUCAUACCUUGUCAUUUCUUCUCUCCCUCAUCAUCUCAAUCUCGAACCCCUGCAACUACUCCCGUCAAUUUGAACCAAAGAGAGAAAACCCGGAAAUCUCACCUGAAAAUCUCUCAACCCUUUUGCUUAAAUUGUCCAUGAUGACCCUCUAUAUCUUCGUCUUAAUUUCUUGAUCCAUAACAAAUAUACUCUCCUACUGCACUGCACUUACAAGAAAACGUAAGACAAAAGGAAAAAAAAGAAAAAUUAAGGAGGAGAUAAUUAAGAGGCCAAAAGGGCUUGUUUGGCUGCUUAAAGAUGGAGCUAUUCCCAGCACAACCAGAUUUAUCUCUUCAAAUUAGCCCACCAAACAGCAAACCCACAUCAACAUGGAGGAGAACAGAAGAAGAGAUGGAUUUGGCGUUUUGGAAUAGAGCUUUAGACUCAAGAAACUCUAUGUCUUCAAUGGAAAACUCCGAUACCUGUUUUGAGCUCUCGCUAUCUAAUCCAAGGGUUUCAGAACCAAACUCCAACCAUCUUCACAAUAUCUUGCAAAAUACUAACAAUUGUAAUGGUAACAGUCUUUUCCACUCCUUUCAGAAAAACCAAUACACACACCCCCAUCACAAACAAAACCGCCUCCAUAAUCAUCAUCCAGUACUGUUUCAGCCGCAACAACAAGAAGGGCUAAGCCAAGAGCUUGGUUUCUUGAGACCCAUUAGAGGGAUUCCUGUCUUCCAAAACCCUCCUCCUUUUCCUUUCUCUCAACAAACUUUAGAUAAUACUUGCUCUCAAGAUGCUUCUUUGGCUACUACUAAUAACACCAGUGCCACUACUUUAAGUCCCUACCGGUCUCAAGGGUUGAUGAGAUCAAGAUUCAUGUCAAGGUUUCCAGCAAAAAGAAGCAUGAGAGCACCAAGGAUGCGUUGGACUACCACUCUCCAUGCUCGCUUUGUUCAUGCUGUUGAGCUAUUGGGUGGCCAUGAAAGGGCUACACCCAAGCUAGUUCUUGAGCUUAUGGAUGUGAAAGAUCUCACUUUGGCACAUGUUAAAUCACAUUUACAGAUGUAUAGAACUGUAAAGACUGAUAGAGCAGCAGCAGCUCCUUCAGCACAAUCGGAUGUGUUUGAUAAUGGAUCAUCUGGAGAUACAUCAGAAGAUUUUAUGCUGGACAUUCAAAAUCCUAGAAGGUUAGAUAUCUCAAAGCAACAGGGAAGACCAGGUGCUCACCAAGACAAGGACUAUCACGCUCUCUGGAGCAAUUCUUCAAGCAGGGAAGCUUGGUUGCAUGGAAAAUUAAAGGAUUCUGGUGGAAACUUACCCUUCCUCGAGCAGAAGGACGUGGAUCCAAAGUGCUUGAGCUAUGAGAGAAAUAUAUCAGAUGUAAGCGCAUCAACCCUUUCAGGGACAAGCCUCAAGAAGCCUAAUUUGGAGUUCACACUGGGCAGGCCACAUUGAUGUUAUUUACUGUGCGCGCUACUCAUUUUGAAAUCAUUUGUAUCUCUGGAGAGGUGCUGGUGAAGAGGAUCAGUUACCCAGGAGAGAAAAUCGGAGAAAAAGUAAAGAGAGAAGAAAAGUAAAAGAAAGAAAAGAAAAGGAGAGCUAAAGAAAGACAAGGAAACAAGAGAGACAGAAAGCAACAAAAGGUGAAAGAGUGAAAAAGGCAUGUCCUUCAUAUCAAGCUUUGCGAUCCAAAUCAAC